UCCCUGGAGGUGUUUCCCCCUGUCGGCUGGAUGAGACGCACCUGCUGCGGAAGGAGAACAUUUAACUCAUCUAAGAAGCUUCAGAACCAAACAAACCUACCUUUUAAACCUCGGUCAGACAGAACAGGGACACUGGGUCCUCUCCGCGUUAGCAGCCCAGCAGAGCCCAUGGACCAGCUAUCCAACCGGUCAGGAGUGGGUAGCGAUGAUGUUACGGAUGAAACAGGAUCCCUGGUGGACGUCGGGCUGAGCUCGGAGGACGAUAGCUCCGAUGCUCUAGCUCCAUGUCUUGCUGUGCCUCAGUCUCCUCUGCCGAGCUACAAACAGAGGAUGGAGGAGUUUAAGAGGCUGUUUAAGGAGCUGCCUGAUUCAGAAAUGCUCAUAUUGGAUUAUCCUUGUGCCCUCCAGCGGGACAUUCUCCUUCAGGGACGCCUGUACCUCUCCGAGAACUGGAUCUGUUUCUACAGCAAUGUGUUUCGUAGUACAAAGAUUGUCCUGUCUCUCAGAGAUAUCACCACAAUGUCUAGAGAGAAAAUGGCUCGAUUGAUCCCCAAUGCCAUCCAGAUCUGCACAAAUACUGAGAAGUAUUUUUUUGCUUCCUUCUCGGCAAGAGAGAAAAGCUUUCUGAGUGUUUUCCGCAUGUGGCAGAACACACUGCUGGACAAGACUCUGACGUGCCCAGAGCUGUGGCAGAUGGUUAAGCAGCAUUAUGGCUAUGAUCUGGGCCUGAAUAAUGAGGAGAUGGCGAAUUUACAGGUGUCACCAGAAUCGAGCGGGCAGACCAGCCUGCAGCAGAAGCUCAGCGGUGGCAGUAGUAGUGGUGGUGGUGAUGAUGGUCUCAGAAGACUGGAGCGGCCCAACAGCCUCCGCCUCCCGGUGGUGGAGCAUGGUCCGUUGCAGAGCUCCACACCUCAAGGCGAGGACUUCCCCUCACCCAUCAGCUCACCAAAGACUACCAACACGGAUGAGUCUCGCAACACCCCAUCUCUGCAGCAAAAUCCAGGUCUUUUAUUGGACCGACGCAUCCCAGAGCGUCUCUCCAAGCGUUCCGCACAGCCUUUUGACCUCAAUGCUAACGAGAACAUGUCGGACCAAAGUGGCUCGGAAAGCUUUGAAGAAGUAGAGGACCGAAUUGGCAGGUCCGAGAAGCUGGGGCGACUGUUUGUCAACCGUGUUUUCCACAUAAGUGCCAACAAAAUGUUUGAGUUGCUCUUUACAGACUCCAGCUUCACUCGUAGGUUUAUGGACAUCCGCAGGAUUUCAAAUCCAAGCUUUACUGCUUGGGAGAAGGACAACUCAGGAAACGAGAAGCGGAUCCUGAACUAUGCUAUAACCAUCAAUAACCCCCUGAUUGGGAAGUUCUCCACUGCUACAGAGAACCAGACUCUGUACAAAGAAUCCAAGGAGGGUCAGCAUUACAGGGUGGAUGCUGAGGUGUACACUCAUGACGUUCCCUACCAUGAUUACUUCUACACACAAAACCGCUACUACAUCAUAAGCAUCUCCAAGCGGAAGUGUCGACUAAGGGUAUACUCUGACGUGAAGUACAGGAAGCCAACAUGGGGUCUAGUCAAAUCUUUUAUUACCAAAAACUCCCAGAGUGGCAUUGAAGAUUACUUUAGACAGCUGGAAACUGAACUGCUGGAGGAGGAGGCGGAGAUGACCCAAGCAGCUGGAGAGGCGGGAAAGCUGGGAGGGCUUCGCAGGAGGAGGCGAACGUUAAGCCGGACCCUAGCAGAUCACGGAAAGCCCAGCAAGCGGUACGGACAGGAUCCUGAGCACAGAGACAGAAGCUUGGGCGCCGCGGAUACGACGGGCCCACACAGAUGGAGCACUACCGCAAUAGUUGCUAGCAUGAGUGUAAUUCUGUUGAUCCUGAUAGUGCUGAAUCUGGGCUUGUUUUUUAAGCUGUGGGCGAUGGAGAACGUGGCUCAACGCAUGUACCUGACGACGAAACAUCGGCUGAGGGAGAGGAUGGAGAGCAGCUUUGGACCACAGUAUGGUUCCAAACCAGGGCCAGUUGUCCGGACCAAUGAGGACUUGCACCUACUAAAAACUGUCCUGCAGGACUCCAUUAAUCUUCUAGAACAACUCCGUACCUCUCUGAUUGUGCUCCAGCAGAGCUUUGCUAUGGCCAAUCGAACAGCAACACAGCAGUGACCUUAUCCACAACCCAGGGCACACCAUGAAGCUGUGUUCACAUCCGUGCCUAACAGCCUGCUGCAGCAGACUCCCUCAGAGCAGACCUGGUAUCCACAGCUUUGUUGCUCCGCUGGCGUCUCCAGACUCCAGAGAUGCUACAUGUUGCCAGGGUUGCAAGCCAGCAUCUAGUGAACAUCGAGCAGCAGGUGUAAAUUUAUUCAGGUUUCUGUUUUUUAAACAGUGGCAUGUGCAAAUAUUUAUACUUUGGUUUUUAGCAUUGGUAAGUGCAUUAAUAUUUAAAUAUUUUAACUUUUGCACAAGUCUUGUGAGUAUCUCUCAAUCUUGUUUUAAUUCUAAUAAAAACUGUGUUAUCAGUGACUCAAACCUGAAUGUCUACUUGUUCUUCAGCAAUCAUAAAUCAUGUUAAUGACUGUUUUGGUUUAGGUGUUUGUGCACAUUUAAUUUAUUUUUCUAUUGAUUACAUGUUUGUGAUUAUCACAUGCCUGGCCUAUGUCACUGUGUAUUUUUAAGAUCAAUGUUUUUGUAUGUUCUCAUUUUGAAUUAUAAAGGGGGAAACACUUUUUCUUUUAUCUGUUGGUGAUGCACAAUAAAGUUGAGCCAGGUUUAUUGUUUACAGUGUUCUGGAUGUUAAAAGGAGAGCAGAGUUUCAUUCAGUUCUACACAGGCUUUUAUAGGUGUUUAUAUGCUUACUACAUUAAAAAAGGUUCACAUUUAUUUUUUCCUGUACAAUGUGUCGCACCCUUUUUCUACUAAUUGGGGGAUUUCUGCAUAUGUUCACUCCUUUGCGUUUGUCCUUGCAGAUGUUAGGUCCUUAAAGUUAAAGCAAGCUGGUUGCAAGUAUUUUUAGUUUGAACACUAGGGUGUUUUUAAAGACUAGCUGGACUUAAUAUCCUUCUUGAAAGGGGAAAGAAUAAAUGAUUAAUGAAACUAAAA